UGUAUAUAAAUAUAAAUAUAUAUAAAGGACAACAGCAUGAGUCAUCAACCUAAACAUACCAAAAAAUAGCUAAAAUUCUUUACUUCUCUGUUGAAACUGCACAUUUGACAGUAGGGUGGGAUGGCAUUUUGGAUGAUGUAUUAUUGAGAUUUUUCAGAUUUUUCACAUACAGUACAUCACAAUGUCACAUCAUCGCCAUUUGUUUAGCAGACAAAAACUUAUUUUUCAGUGCAUCUAUUAUUCACUAACCACUCACCAUUGCAAAUAUUUGUUUGUUAACAACGAAUUAUGGUCACUGGUUGCACACACUCUCUUCCUCAUUCAUGCAUAUAAAUCCCUUACUAUAGGAAGAGUCUCAUGUUUGUUCUGUCAUUUCAUGGCCAUCAGAUGAGUGGCAUCGUAACUAUCAUGGAGUGCCAAGAUAAACCUAAAACCAAAAGUCAAUUAUUAACAGUUGAGAAAGAAAUCUGUUUUCCUUAUGUUUUCUUCAUGCCCAUCUGCUUUUGGCAUGGUAUUGCAAACUUAAAAUCAUUUCAUCUCAACUUAUCAUCACAACGUUAUCUUGUUCACUGGCGCCAUUUAACAAUAUUUCCUACUGUAUGAAUUCUUGAGAUAACUCAUCGCUGGUUUACAACAAGUCCUUGGAAUUUACAGUAUGUGUGCUUCUUCUGUCCCACAAUAGUUUCUUUUGUUUGCAUAUUACUGUAGUUCCCCAUGUCGUGACCAUCUCAGACCCAGUAUAGUUUAAUUCACUUCCCUGUAACAUUGUCACAAAGAAACCUGAUCCUGUAACAAUACCCAUCUUCUGUAAAAAAAAGCUCUUCUCUGUUUCCUUCUGGGAAUAUGAGGAACCGAAAUGUACAAGGUAAGAAGUACAGCCCCUAAGCCCUUUAAGUGGAGCAUAUCGUCAAGGCAAUCAGAAAGACAGAGUGCUACCAAGGCAACACCAUCGUAGAUGGUGUGCAGAUGUAGCCCAAAGUACCGCCCGGGGAUGGCCUACGUCAUUUACCAUGGUAACAGCUCGGAAGGGAACUGUACUGACGUGGACCAGCUGAUGAAGCGCUACUACCUGCCCGUCAUGUACGGCCUCAUCUUUAUCGUGGGCCUGGUGGGCAACGUCACCUCUCUGCUGGUCUACUUUACCAAGCUGCGUCCAUGGCGGAGCAGCAGCGUGAUCAUGGUGAACCUGGCGUCCACGGACCUCCUUUACGUGUGCAGCAUGCCUUUCCUGGUGUACUACUACACACGCGGUGACUCGUGGACGCUGGGCUCCUUCAUGUGCCGCUUCGUGCGCUUCGGCUUCCACUUCAACCUCUACGGCAGCAUCCUCUUCCUCACCUGCCUGGCCAUCUUCCGCUACGUGGCCGUGGUGCACCCGCUGCUGGCGUCGGAGAUCCAGCGCGCGCGCUGGGGGGUGCUGGCGUGCGUGGCGGUCUGGGUGUUGGCGGCGGCCCAGAUCGCGCCCAUGCUCACCAUGAUCACCAUGGUGGAGUUCAACAACAAGACCUACUGCCUGGACUUCGCCAGCAACGACCCCGAGCAGCUGUGGUGGUACGGCUGGCUGCUGACCGCGCUGGGCUACCUGCUCCCCCUGGUGGUGGUGUGCGCGUGCUACAUCUGCAUCGUGCGCGCGCUGGCCCGCGGGCCGCACACGCGAAGCCGUGGACGCGUGCGCGCGCGCCGCCUCAUCGCCGUGGUCAUGGUGUGCUUCGUGGUCUGCUUCCUGCCCUACCACGUGCUCCGCGUGCUGCGGGUGCAUACGCGCCGCAGACUGGACUCGCCCUGCCUCCUGGACCGCUGGGUGCACGCCGCCUACAUCAUCUCGCGGCCGCUGGCCGCCCUCAACACCGUGUUCAACCUUGUGCUCUACACGCUCGCCGGUGACCGCUUCCAGGUGGCCUUCGAGAGCCUGUUCAAGUGCCAGCAGUGUCUGCCCAAAGCCAAGAAGCGCAUCAAUCUAGCGGUGAUCAGCAAAGCCACCUCCAACACACCAAAGGAGACUGACACAGACAGCACCAGAUAGGGGAAUAAAAUAUCAAUACAAGCAAAUGGACUGGCUGUGUUAGCUUGCGUGCAUUCAACUCUAUCUAUCAAAGCUGCUCAUUCAACUCUAUCAAAGCUACUCAUUAAUGUGUGUAAGUGAGCGUGAAAAACAUCAGGUGCACACAGUGGGGUUGGUAUUAGUGUGGGAUCACUAGCUUAACUGAUUUGUAAUGGCAUCAUGUGUGUGGUCAAAAAACACUAAUGUUCCAAAACAGUUUGUAAAAGAGUAGCCUACCCUUCACUGCAAAGUCCAUAAAAGUUUUUUUUUCUCUCUCUCUCUCUCUCUCUCUCUCUCACACACACACACACACAC